AAAGACCGCGAAAGGCAGUGGAGGGAGCGCACUUGCCUAGUUUGGCGUGGAGGAUAAGAUGGACAGAGCCAUCGGCGCCCCUGCCGGCGGAACAGACCAUUCCCCGCAGCAGGCGCAGACUACGGCGGGGCAACCCGCUAUUGCGACUGCUAGUAAGAUGGGAGGCGACACAGCCGUGUCUAGUGCGACUCCUGUUAUCUCUUCGACCGCGAAUGGAAGAAUUGAGACGACGGGAGCUGAUCCUGCCUCGAGCAAGCCUGCGGUUGAACAAUCCGAUAAAUUGGAGGGUACGGUCUCUACAGGUGUGGAAGGUAAAGCUCCUGCUGCAGCUGUUGCAGCGUUGGCUCCGUUUGAUACCUUGAUCGUCAAUGAAAAUGUCGAGGCUGCUGAAACCGCGAGUGCUAACCACAAGCGCGCUCAUGAAGAGGACACAGAAGACACCGCCUCGCAGGAGUCGCACCCACGUAAGCGCACCGCUAUUGCAAAUGGCGAGAAUACCGUGCUGAGCUCCGGUCAAACCACAGACGAGACUGUGGGCGACAGCUCAGAUGACGUCGAGAUGAUUGAGGCUAAGGAUGAGGAAGAUGUUCUUGGUAACGAUACAACUCACGCCAAUGGGGAAGCUAAUGAGGAGUUCUAUCGCAACUUAGAGGUAAACCAGCAGGUGGACGUGUAUGACGUGGGUACCAAGGAUUGGCUUGCUGCCAAGAUAGUGCGCGUGGAUGAUGAAGGCUGCUCUGUUCACUACAUGGGAUGGAACUCCAAGCGCGAUGAAAAAAUCGACAUAACUAGCAGCUACCGCAUCCAACCCCGAGCCACGAAAGCCACUAAGGCGUGGACAAAGCAUCAAGCCAAGAUUGACAAGCGUAACGUUGUAAAGAAGGUCGAGGCAACACCAUCUACUGAUGAUAACCUUGGACGUCUUGGAGCGGAACAACACGAACUGGUACCGGCAUUUGUUCAAACUGGCCUCACCCGAUCUGGGCGUGCAAUUACCAAACGUGUUGAGAACGGAGCUCUGAAGCCAAAGGCGCCCCCCAAGAAGAAAAAGGACGCAGCGGCUGUUGAAUCCGGGUUCCCAGAAGAGGAUUUAUGCGGAGUAUGCGGUGAGAUUGAAGAUGAUGAUCUUACGGACAUGAUACUGUGCGACGGUGGCUGCCUGAAAUCGUAUCAUUUCUCAUGUCUGGGUAUCGAUUCAGCGCCUGAUGGAGAGGAGUGGUUGUGCGAACAGUGUCGUACGAAUGAGCAGUUGUGCUUUGCAUGUGGACGCAAUGGAACGAUCAACGAGAAAGGAGGUGUAUUUCGUUGCAGUGCCCCAUCUUGCGGUAAAUUCUUUCACCAGGCCUGCGUUGAUGCCAACAAAAUGUCACGUCGAGCUGGAGGUAAAGCCAAACCUGGUUCUGCAACAGUGGAGGAGUUGCUCGAGUCAGACGCUUCUUUCCGAUGCCCUCGGCACGUUUGUUUUGUGUGCGAGGGAAAGAAAAAGAGUUCUGACCUCAUGUGCUGUUUGAAGUGUCCGGAAUCUUAUCACCCGCAAUGUGUACCUCCAAGUGCCCGAUAUAACUCCGUAGGUUUACUUUGUUGGCGACACUCUGAAGAAGAGCUACCGAAGAUCCCGUCAUUUUAUCUGUCUGAUCGGAACAUUGACACUGUGACGGUUGAUUCGAGUUUGCACCUCCCAUGGAUGUUCCUGCCUAAGCGUGAUCCGGAUGCCAGUAACCCCAACGAUUGCCAUCACUUUCGCCUGCUGAAGAGUAUUAUCGAGGAUGUCCGUCUUCAACCGCCGACUUACCGCAAGUUGGGUCGCAGCAUCUAUACGUUUAAACAACCGAAGGUUUCACUAGAAGACGCGCCAACUUGUGUGUGCAAGGAAAAGUGCGGAGAUGACUGCAUCAAUCGGCUAAGUUUUACUGAAUGCUUCGGACCAGCACCGACUCCAGGAAUGAAGUUCAACAAGCACAAUAGAGAAUCGAACUGCAUGCUUGGUGAGAACUGCGGGAACCGCGCGCUUCACCAGAAGGUGUACCCCCGCUUUCAGAAGUUUCACACGGUCGAAAAGGGGUGGGCUCUCCGCCUGUUGGAGCCUGUCAAGGCAGGACAAUUAGUGAUCGAGUAUGUUGGAGAGGUGAUUAAUGAAGAAGAAAAGGAGCGCCGGCUACUUGACCACGCAAAGAACAGCCCUGAGGACAAGAACAUGUACAUUAUGGAGCUUGGCAAGGGCGAAUACAUCGAUGCGCGAUUUAAAGGAAGUGUUUCCAGGUUCAUUAACCACUCGUGUGAUCCCAAUUGCCACUUGCUGAAGUGGCGUGUAAAGGGGGUGAACCGAAUCGCUAUUACCGCUCUGAAGGACAUCGAGCCGGGUACCGAGUUAUCAUACGACUACCAAUUCCAUACCAAACAGGCGAUGGAGUGGAAAUGCCACUGCAAGUCGAAGAAUUGUCGCGGAACCAUGGCACCGGAGAAAAUUAACCAAGCACUCGAAUCACCGGCAAAGAAGCUUACGAAAAAAGAGCAAAUCAAACAGCGCAAGCGUGCUCUUAUGCAGGAAAAGAUCCAACAGGACAAGGAAAUCAAGAGCACUGCUAGGCGGCUUUCCUUGACAGCACAAAUCAGUAUGGGUGACCGAACCACAAUGGAUAAGAUGGUUGUCCGCACGGGCCCUGCAGCGCGUGAGCUGCAGUGGGCGAAGUACUAUCACCUUUUCAAUAUUCGAGAUGCCAAGCACGGCUUCAACUUCAAACUCCGCAAAGAAAUGCGAGAUCUACGAAUCGCGCGCCAGGAACAAGUGAAACAGGAACACGUUAGCGUGUCUGGUUCGACAACUGCUGCAUCAAGUCGAUCCGUAAGCCCAGUUCGUCUUUUGGGGGAUGAGAUUGAACCAAACCAACAAAAGGAAACGAAGGAACAAUCAUUGUCAAAGGGAGAUCCGGCCAAGGACCGACAAGAGUUUGCUCAGGAACUCGUGGUCUCUGAGCCUAAGAAAAGGGAGUCGACCAAAGAAGACUCGGUAGGCACUGAGCCCGAGGAAAUUCCAGCGUAGUAAUACCUAGCUACAGAUCUGAGAAUGUGGCCGUGUUUAUUUCUGCUGCUGUACACAGCUAUGCUCGUUCAUUGAUAUGCGCGUUGGUGAUGGCAAAUAGGCGCACUAAUGAAGCAGCAAUCCAUUUCUCUUUUCUUUUUGUGCUGCAAGGGAUCGCUAAUUGUUUCAUCUUGACAGCCCAAACACAGCAUAGUUGACUUGAUGCGAUUCCAAAUACGUACCAUUUCAUUUGAAUUGACGCAUUGAAUGGAAC